AUGAAAUUAAGUUUAAUAAACUUACUAGCAAUUGGAUGUACAUUUGAAGAGGUGAGACCUAGAUAUGAUUAUUUAAUGGAACAAGUUAAAGAUUCAUUAGAAAAAGUAAGUAAUAACUCAAAAAUAAAGAUAAAAACAAUAACUAAUGAAGUUGUUAAUAAUUUAAAAAGAAUAUCUGUUAAUAAUUUAACUUUUAUUUAUAAUCAUUUAAAGUUUAUUAAUGAAAGAUUAUUAAAAAUAGUUAAUGAAAAAUUAAUUAAUAAUGAAAAUUUAAAGAGUAUUAAAAAUAAUAUUAAUAAGUAUCUUUCAAAAACAAAAAGUAUAAAAUUUAAUGAUAUAAAAGGAUUUGUAAAAUAUUAUCAUGAUAAGUUUAUAUUUGGUUAUAGAUAUUUAAAUUUGAAAAUAGUUGCUAAAUUUAAAGGAGUUGAUAUUAAAUAUAAAGAGUAUUCAUUAGAAGAAUAUUAUAAAGAAUUAAAUAGAUUAAAGAAAAUAUCAAUAAAUAGAAAAAAUAAGAAUGAAGAACUUUAA